GCUGCGGUUGUGGGAGGCGUGGUGAAAACGCGAGCAGCAAAACAGCUCUUCAGAUCCUGAGCUGUAAUUGUAUAAAUGGAGAAAAGCCAGAAUGAGGACGCAGCUAAGGCGGGAGACGAGGGUACGCAGAACCCUCAGGCGCUGGCAGCACUACAGGAUGGACUUGACAGCAUCACGCAUAAUCCGCCCAUCGAUGUGGAAAGCCUCCUUCCCAAGCUGGUCAAGAGGAGAGUCAAUGCCUUGAAGCAGCUGCAGGUUCAGGGGACGCACCUGGAGGCCAAGUUCUAUAAGGAGGUCCAUGAGUUGGAAAGGAAGUACUCUGCACUCUACCAGCCUAUUUUUGACAAGAGGCGGGACAUAGUGACAGGAGCUGUUGAACCCACAGAUGAGGAGUGCGCAUGGCACAGCGACCAAGAGGACGAAGAGGGCUUGGCUGAGGAUCUAAAUAAGAAGGUCACUGUUGAAGAGGAUAAGAAGGAGGAAACUGCUACAGAGGAGGACCCCAAGGGCAUCCCGGAGUUCUGGCUCACCAUUUUUAGGCGUGUGGACAUGCUGAGUGACAUGCUACAGGAACACGAUGAGCCAAUCCUGAAACACUUAAAGGACAUUAAAGUGAAAUUUUCAGAACCUGAUGAGCCUAUGAGUUUUACUUUGGAGUUCCACUUUGAGCCCAACAAUUACUUCAAAAACGAGGUCCUCACUAAGGCGUACAGAAUGAAAUCGGAGCCAGACACUGAUGACCCAUUCUCCUUUGAGGGGCCAGAGAUUGUGGAUUGUGAGGGCUGUCAGAUCGACUGGCACAAAGGCAAGGAUGUAACGGUGAAAACCAUCAAGAAGAAGCAGAAACACAAAGGGCGCGGGACAGUGAGGACUGUCACCAAGCAGGUGCCCAAUGACUCCUUCUUCAACUUCUUCAACCCUGUCAAAGUUUCAGAUGGAGAGAUGGACGAGGACUCAGAGUUCACCUUAGCGACUGAUUUUGAGAUCGGCCACUUUUUCCGCGAGCGAAUAGUCCCACGUGCCGUGCUCUACUUCACCGGGGAGGCUAUGGAAGAUGACGAGAGUUUUGAAGAGGAGGAACUCGAGGAAGAGGAGGACCAUGACGAGGAUGGUGAAGAAGAUGAGGGAGAAGAUGACUCCAAGAAAGUGGAACAGCAGCCGGAGGAGUGCAAGCAGCAGUAGGGCAGAGGGCAUCAAGGUACCUUGUCACCCCCCUGGGCUCCUCCACAGAGAUCAGGAGCCACAUUGUCCCUCUAGCAAAGGCAAAGGACAGUGUAAAAAAAAAAAAAAAAAAACUGCAUGAAUCCACUCCAUUUUCUCCUCCUCAUUCAGAAAUACUAAUAUAGAACUACAUAGUUUCAAAUGUGUAAAAUGAAGCAAAUUUGCAACCUCCGUCUAGUGAACAGCUUUUCGGAGCAAGCGAACAGCUCCUGAAUAGCUUGGCACCUGUGACUGUAAAACCAGGGUACUGCAAUCUAAUACAGCAGUCACUGAUAUCAUGGGUUACUCAGGGUUUUUUUAUGCCAAGACGACAGUAAGCGUCACAUACUAAACUAUUGAUAUGGACUUAAAUUGGGGUGGCCUACUUUCUUUUGUCUGUUUAAUGAAAGCCUUUUUAAAACAAUGUAUUUAUUAGGCUUUUUGUUCUGGAGUAAUGUAUGCUGGUUCCUCACAGCUAGACAGAUUGUACAGUAUUUUACACAUGGAACAGAACCCCUUCGGUUUCCUCCACACAUGUCGUUUGCUUACUCAGUUGCUUAUCGAUAAACUAAGUGUAUAUUGCAAAAUGUAUUUUUGUGGCUGAACAUUAUCUUGAGUACUUUGUAUGUAUGUUUUGACUUCUUGUUUGCUGACAUGGUAAUGUAGGUGAAAAGGGGCAGGAACUGUGGGAUGUGUAGUUUUCUGCUUUUGUCCCUCACUGCAGCUUGCACCAAUCCUCAGGGCAUUGGUUGUGUAGUUAGCAAGUUGUCAGGCUGCCUGGUUGUAGGUCCACAGAGGGGGAUUUGGGGACUCGGGUUCAUAUAAGCCAAUGCGUUGAGAGCUUGCAUGAGUUUCAAAACCAGAACACGAGUUUAUAUUUUUACAUGUUUCUCUGUGUCCUGAUGGUCCAGAAGCAUUCAAAACAUUGGUUUGAAGAAAUUGAGCACAUUUGUCCCUUAAUGCGAACCUUGCUUCCAAAAACCAGUAGGACAGAGCUGCAAAGUGCCAGUUAAGCUGUGGGUUCCAAUUCUUUACAAUUUGUUACUUGGUAUGUUUUGAAAUUGUACAGAAUAGUUAGAAUAUUCUAUUAAAAGUUGUGCAAAAUUACCCAUCUUGUUUAGCUGACAAAUCUUAUUACUCUUAACAAUGGGGAGAUGUACAAAAAGGAACAAAUGUUCAUUAUUGCAUGUGUGCCAUUGUGAAAGCUCAAAUUAUUACUGUACUUUUUGCCAGAUUAAUUUUUGGUCAACUAAAAUUUGUGGAUUUCAUUGCUAUUUGACUUGGCUAUUCUCAACCAGGGCAACAAGAAAAGUCUCAGCUCUGUCAUACAGUGUGCUUUUUCUUUUAAAUUAAAUGUCAGCUAUGCAGCAGCUCCCAAAACAUGAACUUUUGACGCCUGCAGGCUGAUGGAGCUGCCAGAGGAGGAAUGUGCUUUGAAAUGGUCAAGGCACACACGAACCAUGUUUCGAGAUGGUUUGCAUUCUCAGCUGCACUAAGGCUGGAGCUGUAGUCUGCGUGCGCAUUGCCUGGCUUAUCUUCACAUCCAUAUUCGUAAGUGAUAUGGGUAAACAACCUCUAAAAAUUUGGCUUACCUAAUGGGGAAGGGUGGGUUUAGGAGAAUAGCCAAGCAGAAGGUUAAUGGGAAAAGGCACGAUACUGUUGCCUGGUUCCGGUCAGUCUUGAUGAGGCACUCUUGACAGAUUUGCUCCAACAAUGGGCCAAAGUAGAUGUUCUGCUGAAAUGAACUGAACAGGGAAUUCUAUUCCCAUCAAAUUCUGUGGAUCUCUGCUUUACUGCAUCUUGUGCUGCAGUUAGCCAACAGAAGGGUGCCUUUUACAUACUGGAUGCCUUGUGGGGGAUUAUCAUUAAAGAGGCCAGAAACAAAACAACGCAUUGUGGUGCAAGAGUGAAUGAAGCACAUUUAGCUGCAGUGCUCAACUCCAGAGUCUGAGUUAGUCUCCACAAUCUUCUGGUUGAAAAGUUGGUAUUUGUUUUUAGAAAAUAAGUUUCUUCUUCCCUGCUAUGAUUCAAUCUUUCACCUUAAGGACCUAAAAAUACAAAACAAAGCUCAUUCUUCCUCUGUGAUAACAGCUUUUGGGAAUCCUCUAACUUAGGUGUUAGGCUGCUUUUUGGAAAA